AUGACAUCCGAACAAGCCGAGAUGGAAAAUAAAACUUUGUCAGUUGAUAAUGAAGAACAAAUCGUUGAAUUGAACAAUCGACUGAAAACUGACUUUAUGUCCCAUUGUUUAUCUUAUCUCCAUGAAGAUGAAGAAGCUCGGCAAUGUGUCCAUCUUGUUUGGAAUCGAUAUUUAGAAUGUGUUGGCGAUGUCGCAGUGUUAGCCGCUUUCUUCGACACACUUCCGUAUCAUGUCAAAACAUCGGUUUUACCAAAAUAUCAGAACGAAAUUCUUCAAUGGUGCGAAAAGUUCUUUCAUAUUCAUAGUCAGACCAUUCUUUGUUCAACGUAUUAUUCCGAAGCAUUUCAGCGCGUCAUUCGCUAUGCAUUGAAAACUGAUCAAUAUAAAAAAGCGAUUAUUUAUAUCGCAACGGAUUUCGAGCCGAAUUUGAAAUUCGAUUUAACAUCGUCGAUAUCCAAUAUCAAAUUCGAACAUGUCCAAAACCGAAAUUCACAUGAUGAUAUGAUCGACCUUCAACAAUUAGAAGAACUGAUCAAACGCGAUGCAAAUGAUACUUUAUCUUAUCCUUUCAUGGUCAUCGCCAAUGCAGGAUCACCAUUCUUAGGUCGAUGCGAUGAUCUGAAGAAGAUCAAAGCUCUUUGCGAACAAUAUGACGUUUGGGUGCAUGUUAUCGGCGAUCUUCUAGGAUCAUUAGCAUUACUACCAGUAUUGAAAGACAACGUUAGCAUCAUGUGUGAUAGUUUAACAAUAGAUAUAAUGAAAUUGUUAGGUAUACAAAAUCUCCCUUAUUUAACAUGUUUUCUUCGACCAUUGAACAAUGAAAAACAAGCCGAAGACAAUGAUUCGUCAAAUAAAGUCCAUCCACUCGAUGAAUUUAUUCUCCAUAGUCCAUCGAUCAGUUUUCUUAGCGUUUGGUCGAUUAGUCAACGUUGUUCAAAUGAAAAUCUUCUCCAUCAUAUGAAGUUAUCAUUCGAACUGGCAGACUUAUUGUUAACGCGUUUGAAACAAACAAAACAUAUACGAAUACUGAAUGAUGAAUGUGAAAAAGAAUACAAUACAUAUUCACGUAUUUGCUCAGACGACGCGCUAGACAAUGGUUUACCGCGAUCGGUCGUUGUUUUUCGUUUUCAACCCGAUGGUUUAUUCGGCGAAUGUGAAAACAAUGACGAUUUCAUUGGUUACCUCGACCUUUUAACUCUCUGGCUUUUCGAUAAACUCUCUCAACAAUAUUCGAAGAUGAAUUUAGAAUUACUUAAAAGUAUUCAUUUUCAAAGUGUCAAAUCAAAGAAUCAACUUCCCGCCCAUGUACUUCGCUUCGCACCAUUAGAACAUCUUGUUGAUAAUAUUGAUCAGGAUGACAUGCUAACAUUUCUCGACGAUCUUCAACGCUUCACUGACAUUCUUCUCGCAACCAUCGCAGCACGUGUCAAUCUAUCAACAUCGAUUGCAAAACAUGAAAACUUGGUCGCCAUUCCCAUACCAAAUUGGGCAGGUAUUGGCGCUGUUCGAUAUAUUCCAAGUACAAUCAACCGGGCUGAUAUGAAUGAAACAUCGAUGUAUGAAGUCAAUCGUAUUCAAUCGGAACUAGCACGGCAAUUACAAAGCAAUGAUUCGGCAUUUUCACUAGGCGGCGGCUCAGAUGAAUUGGAUUCAAUGCUCUACUUGCGUUUAGGUAUGAUCCGCAAACGUGAAGAUCUGGAGAUUUUGUUACAGAAAAUCGCCCAUGCUGGAAAGGAAAUUGAAACCUCCUUGAAAUACAUCGAAGAUAUGGCCGAAAAAAUCAAAGAAGGUAUUGUCAAAGCUCAAAAAGAUCUCGAGGAUGAAAACCUGCAACUACUUGCUCAGGAUGGCCUUCUACGCCAGUUGCCAUUAGUGUCAAACCUUAUGUCAUGGUGGAGUCCUGCACCAUCUGCAUCGCCAUUAGCAACAAAAGGUCGAUCAUUCGAUCUAAAUUCUGGUCAAGUUGAAUCCACUGAGGAUACGUAUGUCUACCGAAUGCAGAUAAAAAAACAAACUGUUCAUGCACCGACACAUAAUGAUGCGACUGCCACCUCUACUGACUCCUCCGAGCAACAACAUCAAAACUAA